CCACACAGUACGAAGCGGAUCGCCACUGCGACCAGUCAGUCGGCAAGGAAAGGCAAAGAGGAGCGCACCACACUCAUCCAAAAAACACCCAUUCCAGGACGUGUUGGUAUUGCCCGGAGCGAGAGAAAGAGCGCGCGCGCGAGCCGUUUAAAUACCAUACACAUCGGACAAUUAUGCACGAUGACGAUGGCUGUACGGCUAUACUGCUGAUAUACUGAGUCAGUAGCCGAGUCGUGUUAGUACAACAGAGCGAUUGGUGACUUUAUUGUGGUUGGAGCUCGGCGGAGAUCGUGACGAACCGGGGCUCAGUUCCGUGCGGUCGGUUAUCAUGUGAGGAAGAAUUUUGAGUCUUCCCGGCGAGCGUCGUGAGCGUUGUGUGUUCUUGGUUAAACUUAAAAAGUGCCAUCAACAACUACCGAGAAGCGAAGAAUCCUUUCCAUUGAUGAGUUGAGAACGUGUCAGACCAAAGAAGAGGGAAAAGGAAAAUCUGCAAACAUGGUGGUGUACUCGUAUACUAUGUCGAUAUUCGCGACAAUCAGCGCGAGCCUUGUGUUCGUCUUUGGAAUCAUAGGAAACCUCCUCACAGUAAUAGCCCUCCUCAAAUAUCACAAGCUGAGGAAACAUCCGACGACAGCGUUCGUGCUCUCGCUUAGCAUAUCAGAUCUCUUUUUCUGUGCCGUAAAUAUGCCGCUGACGGCAAUCAGAUUUCAUCAUCAGCAAUGGACACUUGGCGAGGGCCUGUGCAAGGUUUUCCCGGUGUUUUUCUACGGCAACGUGGCGGUCUCAGUGCUCAGCAUGGUUGGCCUCACUUUAAACCGGUUUACGUUAAUUCUACACCCUAGUCGAUACCCUAAGAUUUACACACCAAUCAGUCUGGCCCUGCAACUGUUUGGCAUUUGGGCCUUUUCGUUUGGCAUUAUGCUACUUCCCUUGUUCGAAAUCUGGGGUCGGCUCGGCCUGGACGAGGAAACCUUCUCGUGCACCAUUCUCAAGAAGGACGACAGCUCACCAAAGAAAUUCAUCUUCCUGUUUGGAGUCCUGGUGCCCUGCAUAGUCAUUUCUAUCUCCUACUCGUGCAUAUUCUAUACAGUGCACAAGCAGCGCGCCAAAGUGAAGGCACACAGUGCCAGCGGUUCGGGCCGGAUCGAGUCCUUUUUUCGGAACAAGGAGGACUGCCGGCUUACGGUGACGCUGCUGACGAUCUAUCUGUGCUUCCUGAUUUGCUUCAUGCCGCUGAUGUUGGCGAACGUAAUCGACGACGACGGUUCCCACGCAAAUUUGCACGUGUUUGCUAGCGUGCUUGCGUGGAUGUCGGCGGUCAUAAAUCCCUUUAUUUACGCAAUCGGUAGUCAGAAUUACAGGCACGCGUACACAAAGCUUCUGUCGGAAAUGUGUUUCUGGAAGACCAGCGUCGAGCUGCGAUCGUUCGACGAGAUCAACAAAUCCCGGACGGUGGACCAUUUAUAGCACAUGAUGAUGACGGCGAUAGUUUAUGCAGCGAAUAAAAGACUUAGCUUUAUGUGGAUCAAAGUGA